AUGGCCGACUACUUGCAAAUCUUAGGGGUCCUCGUGGCGCUGUUGCUCGCGUUAUACUAUUACCUGGGGUCGUCGUUCGAUUAUUGGAAAAAUCGCGGUGUGGUUGGACCUAAGCCUAUACCAAUUUUCGGCAACGUCAAGGAUGUUCUGCUCAGGAAGAUUAAUUUGGGUGAUUACGUGGCGCAGAUAUAUAACGAAUACAAGGACGAGAUUAUGAUCGGUAUAUUUGCAAGAGUAACGCCGACUGUUAUUUUGCGAGACAUGGACCUCAUCAAGGACGUUUUAAUCAAAGACUUCUCUUCGUUCGAUGACAGGGGAUCGAAUGUUUUCGAGAGGUCUGAUCCGCUGACGGCGAACUUGUUCAACCUGGAGCCGGAAAGAUGGCGGCCACUGCGAAUGAGAUUGUCGCCAGUGUUCACUUCCGGCAAAUUAAAAGAUAUGUUCCCCUUGAUACUGGAGUGUGCUGAACAUUUGGAGCAAUGCUUGGACAAAGUGGCAGAAAAGAGCGAACCCAUAAUAGAGUGUCGCGAAAUAGCAGCGAGGUACUCCACAGACGUGAUUGGCAACUGUGCUUUCGGGAUCAACAUGAACACCCUGGAAAACGAGCGCAGCGAAUUUCGAAGAAUAGGAAGAAAGAUCUUCGACCAGGAUUUCAUAUUGGCACUGAGGUUCACUCUACGAGAGUCUGCGCCAGGAAUCUAUGGUUUACUUUCCUACCUGUUACCGCAAACGGAAAUAACCACGUUCCUGACGAAAGUCAUCUCGGAUACGAUCAAGUAUAGAGAAGAGAACAACGUCGUGAGGCCAGAUUUUAUAAACAUGCUGAUGGAGUUGAAGAAGCAUCCGGAUAAACUGGAGAAUAUCGAUUUAACAGACACUCUGCUCACCGCCCAAGCUUUCAUCUUCUUCGCGGCUGGAUUUGAGACAUCCUCCACGACAAUUGGCCACGCUCUUUACGAACUGGCCCUGAACCCUUCUAUACAGGACAAACUACGCGAGGAAAUGAAAGAGUUCAGUACCAAGAACAAUGGUAAUCUUACGUACAAUGUGGUCAAGGACAUGAAAUACUUGGACAAGGUAUUUAAAGAGACACUUAGGAAGUAUCCACCAGCAAUGUUUUUAAGGAGAAAAUGCAAUGGCAAUUAUACCUUUAGUGGUACGAAAGUAACGAUCACUAAGGGAACCAAGCUGAUUAUACCAGUGUAUGGAAUUCAGAAAGAUCCUAAUAUCUACCCAAAUCCGGAUGUCUUCGACCCAGAAAGAUUCAACGAAGAUGCAGAGGCUGCCAGACAUCCGAUGAGCUUCUUGCCUUUCGGCGAUGGACCAAGAAAUUGCAUUGGAGCACGUUUUGCACUUUAUCAAACCAAAAUUGGGCUGAUAAAAAUGUUGGAAAAUUUCAGAAUUGAUGUUUGUGAAAAGACAAUGACUUCUUACGUAAAUAACCCAAAAUCGUUAACUCUGGCUCCGAUGGGUGGAAUUCACUUAAAAAUAAGCAAGGUAGAAAAAUUGUUGUUAUGA